AGCUGAUAGUGGGCAGUGAGCCAGAGUCUGUGAUGCUGUGAAAAACGAUACAGCUGGGAAGACGUGUUUUAAUAAAUUAUUUUAGAAGCAAGACAUAACGGACACAACUGGUAAGGUUUUGUAGAGAGUAUUUCUCUUCUCUGGUGCAGCUAUCACCUUCUGAACUCUGCUGACAACCUCAGCCAACAUGCCGGGUCCAGCGGUGUCGGCACAAGAGUGAAAGUAUCAAGUCACCUUUUCUACAGUCUCCUUCGUGUCACUAGUACCAAGUAUCACCAUCAGCAUCCAGGAAGGUGAACAGUGUUGUGCUAUUUUGCUCAUCCCAGUGCCAGAACCAUAAUUUAUUCUUUAUAAAGAUUUUAGGGCAGUGAAGUAAAGGUGAAUGAACAUUAGUGAUGUCACAAAAUACUGUACAACUUUAAUAGACAAGUCACCAAAUAAUACUUAACUCACAGUUUGUGCAACUGUUUUAUUUAUAUCUGUUUUCCCAGUUAACUCAGGUCAACAUUUUAAUUAAAUUAAAACAUUUGUUUCAGUUUGAUAUAAGAAGGGAAAAUGACAAAGACUCCAGUGUUUUGUGGCCAUAUUCCACACACUUAUGGGUUAGCCGGUUGGUUUUCAUAUUCAUGUGUAUGUGUGUGUUAAAGCAGAAUAUCAAACACUGGGUAGAGUAUAAAUUAUCAUAGGAAAGCUUUUUCACUUAUUUAAGGAGUUCAGUGAGGCCAAGGAUAUCAAAAGUACAAGAGGACUAUGUGAGAAAUCACAAGUCCAAGAUAUUUUGGGAAAAGAAACAAUGAAUAUGGAAUGUGACACUGAAGACCCCCUUCAGGGUUCACAGUGUCAUGAAGAUUUUAAAAGGGACUCUUGUGGAAAGUAUGUGGGAGAUCACCCAUCAGACACACCUUUUAAUGCUGGAGAAAAGCCAUUUAAUUGUUCUGUAUGUAAUAGUUCAUUUACUACGGAAUCUAAUUUAUUAAAACAUAUGAGAAGUCACACAGGAGAGAGGUUCCAGUGUUCAGAAUGUAAUAGUUCAUAUACUAGGAAAUCGAAUUUAGUACAACAUAUGAGGAUUCAUGCAGGAGAGAAGUUCCAGUGUUCAGAAUGUAAUAGUUCAUUUACUCAAAGGUAUCAUUUAGUACGACAUAUGAGGGUUCACACAGGAGAGAAGUUCCAGUGUUCUGAAUGUAGUAGUUCAUUUACUCAGAAAUCUAAUUUAGUACAACAUAUGAGGAUUCACACAGGAGAGAAGUUCCAAUGUUUGGAAUGUAGUAGUACAUUUACUCAGAAAUCUAAUUUAGUACAACAUAUGAGGAUUCACUCUGGAGAAACAUUCCAGUGUUCAGAAUGUAAUCGGUCAUUUAUUCAGAAAUCUAGACUAGUACAACAUAUGAGGGUUCACACAGGAGAGAAGUUCCAGUGUUCAGAAUGUAAAAGUUCAUUUUCUUGGAAAUCUGAUUUAGUGCAACAUAUGAGGGUUCACGCAGGAGAGAAGUUCCAGUGUUCCGAGUGUAAUAGUUUAUUUUCUCAAAGAUACCACUUGGUAAAACAUAUGAGGAUUCACACAGGAGAGAAGUUUGAGUGUUCAGAAUGUAAAAGUUCUUUUACUCAGAAAGUGAGUUUAAUGCAACAUAUGAGGAUUCACACAGGAGAGAAGUUCCAGUGUUCAGAAUGUAGUAGUUCAUAUACUCAGAAAUCAAAUUUAGUGCAACAUAUGAGGAUUCACACAGGAGAGAAGUUCCAGUGUUCUGAAUGUAAUCGGUCAUUUAUUCAGAAAUCUAGAUUAGUACAACAUAUGAGGGUUCACACAGGAGAGAAGUUCCAGUGUUCUGAGUGUAAUAGUUCAUUUUCUUGGAAAUCUGAUUUAGUACAACAUAUGAGGGUUCACACAGGGGAGAAACCAUAUCAAUGUACAAAGUGUAAUGAAUCCUUCACACAGAAGAACGAAAGGGUAAGGCACAUGAGAGUUCAUACAAAAGAAACUUAUCAGUGUUGUGAUUGUCAAAAAUAUUUUCCCAGUAAAGUGCGUCUCACAAGGCAUAGUAGAACACAUCUGACUUCUUGCAGUAAAGAUCAUGCAAAAGAUAAUAAGGUUAAAAACCACAAAAAAUAUGACAAUAAACAAAGGUUGGAAAAAUGUGGUGAGAAGAAGUCAAGGAGUGGGACAAGACUCACUCAGAGAGACCACCACUGUGGUGCUAUUGGGAGUAACACAGCAGAAAAACAACCUGGUAAUAACAUGAACAGUCUAGAGCUGAGCCACAAUAAUUACCAGGAACUGCUUACACCCUGUCAUAGCAAAGAUGAGUAUAGCCUCUCUUACCAGUGUAAGACAAAGGCUGUGUGUAAACUAGCAGAUAAUGACCUUGUAGUGAGCAGGUCAACUCAUUUCAUAGACUGCUCAGGGGAGGGAGUGAAAGAGGAACCUGUUGAUGGUCAACCUUCUAUCUUAAGUAUAUCAGAAGAUCCACUUAAAUUUGAGAUGGUUCCUCCCUCUUCUAUAAAACUAGAGAACCUUAAGGAGGAAUUUGAUUUUGUUGAAGAAGAAUUCUGAAACCUUGUUAACAUAUUGUGUGUAAUGCAACCUGGUGUAUGUAGAAUAUAAAUAAAUAUUUGAUAUAUA